AUACUGACUAUAUUCAAAAAAUACAGCUGAGGUCCUGUACCUGGAAAAGUAGCAUAUCCAAAUAGCUGUCUCCACCUUAUGCUCCCCAAGAACUGAAGUGGUUCUGCACAGGUCAUACAUUUCCUGCUGUACACCCCUGCCCGCUUCAGCCUUUAGGUCAAACUUACAAAUGGAGUUAAAAUAUUUUUAAGAUACCGUGAUAAAGGGUAUUAUUUUGCUGUUUUUUUUUUUUCCUUUUCAGGUAAAUGCAUUAACAGAUCCAUGACCUACCCUUGCCUCCUUUUCCCUUCGUGCUUCAGUGUAGAAGAAAGCAAUCCCUGCGCUUACACUUGUGCUUCAUAGGUAGGCAGUGCUCCACUUCCAGCUUACAAGGUCUCUAUCUCGGGAGCUGCUCCUAGACACUUCCUACUACUGGGCAGCUCCAGCAGUGAUCCGCCUCUCAGCAAGGCUGGGUUUCAAACAGGCAGAACCAGAUUCCCCAAGUAGAAAGUAAUCAAUUUGCCUGUCUACUGCAGUUGCAGAAGUCAGCUUCUCUCUCACACCACCGCUCCUGAAGAUGAACCCUUGGACAACUAAAUAAGAACUAGAAGCAGAAGGCAUGCAGAAAAGACUUAAUGGAAUGCCACUCAAGACACGUUACUUAGGCAAAUAUUUGAAACAAUGUUUUUCAGAUUAUACUGAAGCUUAACCUCAGUAGUUCCUCUGUAAAGGAUAAAACAGAAACCCACCAGCACAGGAUUAAAAGUGAAACAAGAAAAAAGAUAUUGGAAUUAACUCCCUGUGUUGCAAGAGGGGGAAAAAAACUGAAAAAAAACCCUGAACACAAAAACCAUGAGAGACCGCCUCCAAGAGCUUAAACUGAGAGCUAAGGAACUACAGCUAGCUGGACAAAACAAUGGUGCAACUGUGCAAGAAGAGGAGCAGGAGGAGUUUGAACAGCAGGCCAUUAUUUAUGAAAAAGAGCCCAUAACUGAAAGGCACUUGCAUGAAAUCCAGAAGCUUCAGAAUGAAAUUAAUAAUUUGGUGGAGGAAGUUCAUAAAUUCAGUCAACAACAAAAAAGCCUACUAUCUUCAAUGAGAAGAUUCAGUGUUCUUAAAAAGGAAUCUAACAUAGCAAGAGAAAUAAAAGUUCAAGCAGAGCACAUACGAAAAUGUUUGGAUGAACUGUCAAAAACAGUGAAAAAGGCUGAAAAUGAACAUGGGCCAUCACGUGCCACAGUAAGAAUUUUAGCUUCCCAGCACGCUUUCUUAUCCCAGCGUUACCUAAAUGCUAUGCUGUCAUACAACGAUGCUAUAACUGCUAAGCAAGAGAAAUGCAGAAGAUUUAUUGUUCGUCAGCUUGAAGUAGCUGGUAAAGAAGUAUCUGAGGAAGAAGUCAAUGACAUGCUCCAACAAGGAAAAUGGGAGAUUUUCAAUGAAAAUCUACUCACUGAAGUAAAAAUUACCAAAGCCCAGCUUUCGGAGAUUGAACAGAGACACAAAGAACUAGUCAAUCUGGAGAACCAGGUCAAAGACUUAAAGGAACUUUUUAUCCAGAUAUCAGUUCUGGUGGAAGAGCAAGGGGAGAUGAUCAACAACAUUGAAAUCAGUAUGAACAACACUCAAGAAUACACUCAAGUAUCUAAAGAAAAAUUUGGGCUUGCAGUCAAGUAUCGAAGAAGAAACCUUUGCAAAGCAAUGUGCUGCUGGUGUUGUCCAUGCUGCAAAUGACAAAAGAAAUAAACUGUUUGAAAUACCAGUGGUUCCUAUUUAGUAAACUAUUCUUGUAAAGCA